ACAGCUGCGGGCUUUUCCCAAACCAACCAGUAAACAAAAAGAUAUCGGUUAAUAGACAAUGGGUCGGGAAUAUUCUUCGGAAAUGUUUUCUAUUUAAUUCUUAACGUUUGGCCCAAAGUUUUUUGUACAAUUUGAUAGACUAUUGUUAGCGUUUGUAAAGAGGGGUUUGCCAGCGGCCCUUUUAUUUCUCUGGAAGAAAAUGGAUUAUUCAUGAAAAGGUCAUUGGUAUGAUGUUGAACGUCUCGUCGAAGAGCACGGACGGAUGUGGAAUCGAGGCUAAAACGAGACCGAUUAAAUUUCUCGCCAAUCUUUUCAAGAGGAAGAAAGGGCCGAAAGACGAAACCUGUGAUGAAAUGGACAAGAGUGGCCAAUCUGUGAACGUUGUGAGAAUCCCGUCAACUUUAUCAGUCAGAGAUAUAUUAGUUUCGGCUUAUCCGACCUCCCCUGCCCUUUCGACUCCGGCUAGAACCAGAGACAUCGAUACUGAUAUGGAAACACUUAGAAUAUCGAGGCACGACAAUCCAUUUCUUAAGCAAGUUUUAGCCAGUAGGGAAAGCCUAGCCGACAGUCUCGAAGAGUCUGAGUCAGACGACAUAAAUUUAAUGUCUCAGGAAUUUCUGAAUGAGCUUGAAACAGACCCGUUGAGCUUGCCAGAGGUGCACGAACAUAUGAUUAGGUCACCACCCCCUACAUCGUGGUCAAGAUCCCCGAAUUAUAAAAUGUUUAGAUUUCCCGAUGAAUCUUCUUCCACGCAUGAAACGGUUGGACGGAAAAGCCCCCUCUCUAGGUGUGUUUCUCCGAGGCAGGAGUCCAAAGACAUCAGCCACGAAGACAUUGUGACAAAGUCGAUAAACACAAUUCUAUCACCAAGGUUUGCUCUUCCAAAUCGCCCGCACCAAAGAUCAAACAGUGAUAUAAGAGAAAGGAAUUUCACACUUCUGACACCUGCACCUCUCAGAUCAUUGACGGACGUACGUCGUCUCAAUACGAGGUCGGCUGAGGACAGCCAGCACCUGGUGGCAUUGGAUAAAAAUUAAUUUUUUUUUUGGGUGAGAGGUUUUAGGGUUGGAGUAAAAAUCAGAAACUAGGCCUACUUCCCCAGUCUUAUAUCUUUAAAAUGCACAAACUAUUUUUUUUCUCUUUUCAUUUUUAAUCGGUUCUAGUCACAUUUGUGCCAUUUAUUGAGAAAAAAAUCUCCUUUUUACUUGUUUUUGUAUUAUAAUUAGAAGGCAUUCAAAGCUUUUAGAACUGAGAGAAGGUGAAAUCAUAGGCUUUCUUAAAUACAUUGUAUUAUUUUAAACAUUUCACAGGACAAAGUAGGUAAAUUGAGUAAAGCCAGCAUCUCUAGUUUAAUAUUAUUAAUCCCCUUAACUGAAGCAUUGUUUACUUAAUUGUUGAGAAUUUCCAUUGUGACUGUAUCAGUCACAACUAGAAAUAAUUAUAGUUUUUGUCGACUUUAUUUUGCUGUGAGUAGAAUUAAUCAUUCUCAAUUGAUGACAAAAGUAGCAUUGGAAUUUAUGGCAAUUACCAUAAUAAAUUACACGAAUUAAAUUAAGUAGAAAACAUCCACUCCCCAAGUUUAAAAAAUAAAUUGUAAAUUCAAAAAUAAUAUUCUGGUUGUAAUUGUAAAAGAUCGACAUGAUUUCUUAAUUCAUCUGCGAAUAAAAUCUAUACAAAAUUUCACUCUAAUAAAUUUAAAUUUCAUUGUUUAUUGCUAAACUUAUAUAAAAAGAACUAUUUCACUGACUGCUUUCAAUUUGAAAUUAUUAGAAUAACAUUGACAGGAGGAUGUACAACGCUACAUUCAUGAAACACUCGUAUUUUUGGCUUAAAUUUUCUUCUUGACAUACAAAAAUAAAACCAAUCAACUGAUCGCUUUUAAAUAUAUUAUCAAUUAGGCUAGACUUGUUCCUUUCAACCCGCUUAGCCGUUGUAACAUUUUUAUCAACAAUUUUUUUUAUUCAAAAUUGAUCAAUUUAAUCUAUAAUUUUUAUGCACAUAUUUACAAAACUUUCUUUUUUGAAAAUAUGUUGCUAGUUGAAACAUAUAAACCUGCGCAAGCAAUUAUUAUUUUUGUCUCGAGGCUUGUCCCUUCUUCUUUUCGUACAAGACAUACCACAUUACAAAUGUUAACGGCAGCAACGACAAUAGUUCAAUGAAAAUUUAAUUGAUUUGAAAUUUAAUAAGUUUUUGAAAAAAAAAAAAAAUUGUUUAGGAAUCGGAUAACCAUGUUAAAUACUGUUGUUAGUUGAGAAGAGCAUCUUUGGACUAGUCCUAAAACUGUGAUGUUUUUUUAAUUUUUUAUUAUUAUUAUUUAGUAUUGCUUUAAGAAAGUGAGGAAAUGUUUUUAUGCGCUUUAUAAAAAUAUGUAAUGUCACCCUGCAAAGUUGCUCUAUGAAAUAUUUUAAAAUUUUCCUUGUAAUUUACAAUUAUAUUGUUAUAUAACUUAUAUUUGCCAUUUUUUUCCCCUAGUGUCAUAAUUGUUAUCUAUGCACGUAAAAUUUGAAAGUUGACAUUGCUUUUCUUUAUAACGUGCAUCUCUUUGUUGAGAGCAAUGCUUUCAAAAUUUCAUCGCCUUUUUAAGAAUUAUAAUAUUUUUGUAGAGCAUUUUUGCAUUUAUUUAUUUGUUAAAUUAUUAUUAUUUUUUAUUACUAGGAAAGAAUGUCAUAAAACCGAGUCAGAACAUUCCUGUUUAUUUGUGAUAUAUUAUUAUUUGUAUUUUACACAAAUAUUUUGUUAAUUUAAACAAUUGAAUUGUUUAGUUUCUUCCAAUUUUACAGAUAUUUAUGUAAUUCAUUAAUUGUUGAUGGACUGUUAUUGCUUUUUGAAUGAUAAACACUAAUGUUUAUCAGAUCCCACCAAAGGUUAAUUAAUUUUUAUAUCGAUCUCGUCGCUUGCCUUAUUGUGAUGAAAAAAAAAAAAUCCAAGUAUUGUAUGCGGGU